UGGUCACUCUCCGACAACAGCAUAAACAACGAGCAACGAGCUCUAUUUGUUGAAUAUCGCAUUUAAUUAACAUAAUACAGAAAACAAUGGACAGCGUAAGAGAACUAAUACAGUUUUUGCAGCCCAAUCAACGUCUGGACUUAAAGGCUGUCGCCCUAACACAUGUACUAAGUCUGACCGGCAGUGCCGAAGGCAAAGAUGCAAUACUCUCGCUUGAUGACUUGCUGAUGGCGAUUUUUGGGUUGACACUCGAUGCGAACGCCACAAUUGCAAAGGAUGCUGUGCUGUGUCUGAUAAAUCUCACGGCUGAGGAAGCAGGCGCCAUCAAAGUCUACGAGUUGGCAAAAGAAGUGCAACCGAGCUUCGUCAUUGCGGAGGUUGCCGCCAAGCAGAUUAUCGACGAGCAAGCGGAAUUGGCCGAUGCCUGGAGCAUGGUGCUGAGCAAUUUGACGCGCGUCGAGUCUUUGGUGCAUGGUAUAUUGGAUACUUUAGAGCCGACGCUGUCACAGUUGGCUAAAGCCUUUGCCCAACUCGACUACAACAAGAAAAAGUCAAAACUGCACUAUUUGGCACCCAUCUUCUGUAAUCUAACACAAGUACAGCGUGGCCGGGAGUUGUGUUGCCAGCCAAAGUAUCGACUGCUUGAGAAGCUGCUUCCAUUUGCUUCGUUUGAGGAAAGUGUUGUAAGACGUGGCGGCACCAUCGGCAUUAUUAAGAACAUAUGCUUUGAUGCCGUAUACCAUGAUGUGAUAUUGAAUGAUCAGGAUGACAUAUUGGUGGCCAUACUGCAACCGCUUUGUGGGCCGGAGGAGUUCAGUGAUGAAGAGAAUGAGAAAUUGCCCAUUGAACUACAGUACUUGCCCGAAACUAAGACGAGAGAAACGGAUCCGGAUCUGCGUAAAAUGCUACUAGAGUGUCUGCUGCAACUGUGUGCCACACGUCGUUGUCGCGAAGUGCUGCGCGCUAAAGGAGUCUAUGAAAUACUGCGGGAAUACCACAAAUGGGAAGCCAAGGUGGGACGUGAAAGCGAUUGUGUAUUGGCCUGCGAGAAUGUGGUGGAUAUUCUAAUCAAAAAAGAGGAAGAAAUUGGCUUGGACAACUACAAAAGUGUCGAGGUGCCAACUGAGCACACUGAAAAGUUUAUUCAGGAGGAUGCCGCCUAUGUUAAGACACUUUUAGAUUAAAAAUCCCAUCGUCUCCGGACUGUAAAUAUAUGUAGUUUAAGUUGACCAGAGUAAAAAACAUCGAUAUUCAGUAUAUGUAUGCAGUUUUUAUUCAGAAAUGUUUAUAGUUUUGUGAGUGGUUGUGUUUGUUUAGCACUAAAAAAGAAUGUACGCACGCAUUUAAAUGCAAAAGAAAGAGUUUUUAAUUCAAUUUGAUUAGUUUUAGUAGCUUCGUUUAUCUAGUUAUUCAGUUAUCCAUUUUGCGCUUAAUUGUAAAUAUAAACUUCUUAAGUGCUAAAUACAAAUGUUUAGCAAUUGCAAUUGCCAUGAAACUUUCAAUGUUUUAUACACUUUUUAUUUUUGCUUGGUCGUUCAUUGUAUGUAGUACUUAUUUAAUUGUAUACUUACGAGUAAGUGAACUGUGUGUGUAUGUUGGAGAAUUUGAAUUCUGUAUAAAUCGGUUGCUAGCCAAUCAGGUGCUUUAGUAUGUAUGUUUAAACUUUCAACGGUUGCUUUUGAUUAAAUACUUGUUGUUUAAUUA